UCAGAAAUCACAGGCUCUUUUUAACUUUCAAACUUAGGAAAUCCAAAAACAGCAAAGAAAAUAGGAAACCUCCAUGAAUCCACAGGAAAUAGUACCGGCCAGAAGCAAAGAACAAGGAGAAGAAUGGGAGCCCAAAGCUCCUUCCAACUUCAGGAAACUCCCACAUGCUUUAGUCAUGGACAUUCUCUCAAGGCUCACAGUCAUCACGCUCUUCAGUUGCAGGUGCGUUUGCAAAUCAUGGCUCUCUCUUAUUUCCGACCCCAAAGUUACUCAUCUUCACCGUUCGAGAUCAUCCUUUGGCAUCUUGAUGCAAAACAUACCGUUUUUUGAGAAAUCAAAGGAAGCUUAUUUCGCCCAGAUACUAGAAUGUGGAGGUUCUGAUGCUUUCGUUGAGGAAAUAAUAUUUACCCCACAAAAUAGCAUACCUGUCUCUGAAUUUGGCUUGGUAAACUCAUGCAAUGGUUUGCUUCUUUUGUCUGGAGCUAAAAGUGAUGACCCUUUGUAUGUAUGCAAUCCAAUUUUGGGUGAAUACAUCACCAUUCCACCUACUAAGGGUAGGCGUUGGGGUAGUUUCAUAGGACUUGGUUUUAGCGUCACGACCGAUGAGUACAAGGUGUUGCAAACAUUUUGUCCAGUGAACGAGUUGUGCACUUGCUCACAUAAUUACUACGAAGCUAAGAUCUACACCAUUGGUACAGGAGUUUGGAGAAGCAUUGGAAAUGUUCCUAGAGAACUUGUUGUGUUGCCCUUUAAUAGUUUUCUCCAUGGAGCUCUUCAUUGGGUGCCAUUUGAGGGUUAUAGUUCUGAGUUUAUAUAUUCAUUCAACUUUGAAAGAGAAAAGUUUCAACCACUACCCCCACCUAGCUACUUUGGACCAUUUGAGAAGGAAUAUUCACAUUGUUUGAAGUUGGGAGUGUUAGAAGGUUCUCUUGUUUUGAGUGCCUUUGGUGCUGAUACUAGCAAAUUCGACUUGUGGAUUAUGAAGGAUUAUGGGGUCCAAGAGUCUUGGACUAAAAUUCUUGUCAUUGAAAAUUUAAAUCUGCAUCUUAGCAACUCUGGCUGUGAAUUGCUGGAGCCACUUAUGUUUCUGCGUAAUGGGGACAUCCUAAUGACGGUAGAUGAUCGUUAUGUAGCCUUUUAUGAUCAAAAGAGAAAGAGGUUCUGCGAAGCUAUAAUGUCUCAAACAGAGGGGAAAUUUCAUUCAGUUGCUUACAGUCCAUGCUUUGUCUCGCUUUAUGAUGUUUCAAAAGGAGAGCAGGUGAAAAGAGUAAGAGGAGGUAAGAGAUCUGAGAAGCUGUUUGGCGAAGGGAGCAGUGGUUGUGCUGGUUCUAGAUCAUCUCCAGUCGCAACCACAAGUCAGCAAAACAUAACUCUGGCUAUGGAUGACUUGUGUCUGAAGAUGGUCGACUAAAACUCCUCUGGAUUUUACUUGGUGGAUUUGGACUGCCUUGAUGUGGGGGUUUCAGUGAAGGUUUCUCCAAAGAGUUGAUUCUAUUUCUUCUGAAAGUUUGUUGUAAUGCCUAAGAAGUUCUAUCACUAAGCUUUUUGUCAUUAGCCAUCAGACUCACUCUGCUUCGACUGACCAAAAUGCAUGUCAUGACCAAUCUAGGAACAUUUUGAUUGAUGUUUAAGGAAAAGAGAUUUUGAGAGAGAUUGUAGAGAGAAUUGUCAAACAUAUUAUUGAGAA